AUGGAUUUCGCUAUCCUUCCCCUCACCAUUAUUACCAUCCUCACAUUUACCUUCGCUUUGUAUAGUAUCUUGGAGGCUCGUCACAAGGACGGUAGCCAUAGGACCACCUUUGAUGCGUUGAACCCCCUCCAUCUCAUCAUGGCAUCCGCUUCUGGGGAUCUGAGACUCCAAGGUUUUGACAAGAAGGGGAUCUUUGCCAACGAGGGCGUGAAGGUGCAACUAGAAGACAAUGGUGCGCAGAAGAUGCUUGUGGACAGUUCAGCCCAUAUGACUUUAGCGCUGUCGCCUAUUCAUUCCAAUUCUCCGGGCAACCCAGGACCCAUUAUUUCUUUUAUUUUUUCCCUGUCUCUCUUCUAG